CACGUCAAUCCCAGCUCAGUGCUCACCCGGUGCACGAAUCUCCCUUCGAACAUCGGGUCACAAUUAAACCACAUUUAAACCUUUUCUUACGUCCGCCUUUCUUUCUCUCCAGACUCCAGAGACAUAGCAGGUUUAAAAAAUCUCUAGGGUUUUCGUUUUCGCUCAACUUUCUCUCGUUCGCCACUGUAUUUCGCUCGAUUCACUCAAUUUUCUCGCUAGUUAGGAUAAUCUCAUAGUUAACGCUAUAAAUUUACUCUUCUUUACUUUUUAAAUGGAGUUCGGAAGUCAUCGCAAAAGAAAUAGACCUGACUUUAUUGCUAAUGGCAAUGGUGGCAUCAAGAAAUCUCGUCCUGAAUUGGAGUCCUUCCCGACUGGUGUAGGAAGCAAAUCGAAGCCUUGCACAAAAUUUUUCAGCACGAUAGGCUGUCAAUUUGGUGAGAGGUGUCACUUCCAGCAUUAUAUUCCAGGUGGAUACAAAGCUGUAUCCCAGAUGAUGAACCUUGGCAGUGCGCAAGUACCUCCACCAGCUAGGAAUGUUGCAGCCCCUCCAUCACACUCUGAUAUUGCAGAUUCACAGGGCGGAAAGACAAAGCUGUGCAAAACAUUUAACACUGCUGAAGGUUGCAAGUUUGGAGACAAGUGUCACUUUGCUCAUGGAGAAUGGGAGCUUGGAAGGCCACCUGUUUCUUCACAUGAAGAUCGGCAUGACAUAGGGCACAUGGGGAGUAGGAUGGGAGGUAGAAUGGAACUUCCGUCUGCAACUGCUUCUAACUUUGGGGUAUCUGCCUCUGCCAAAAUUAGCAUCGAUGCUGCCCAUGUCGGUGCCGUCAUAGGUAUAAGUGGGAGCAAUUCGAAGCAAAUUUCCCGUGUUACUGGGGUGAAGCUUGCCAUAAGAGACCAUGAUUCUGAUUCCACCAAAAGGAAUGUCGAACUUGAGGGUACGUUUGACCAAAUCAAACAAGCCUCCUCGAUGGUUGAGGAGCUGAUAAGGAACGCCAAGCUGGUGCAUGGACACGGACUUGGACAUGGACCUGGUGGCAGUAACAACUACAAGACAAAGUUAUGUGAAAACUUCACCAUGGGAUCGUGCACGUUUGGAGAUCGGUGCCGCUUUGCUCAUGGAGCUGAUGAAUGGCGUAAAUCUGCGAUAUAAGCAGCAGUUCCUCCCUUGUUUCUCAAUCAUCUUUUCUUGAGAUUUUUGUUCAUUAAUCUGGUUAUGAACAUGCGUAGGUGUUGGAUGUAGAAAGAUGUUCUUUGUACUGAGAUACACACAAAGAUAGUAAAAAUUGCAGGUUCAUUAGGGUUUCCUUUC